CCAUCCAAACAGGCUCUAAAAACAACUUUUGGAUACCUGUUAUCUUGUUUCCAUUAAUGGCUAAUUUAGGACUCUCAAACCUAGGAGAUAUAUUGACAUCUUCUUCCAAUUCCUUAGCAUUUUGCCCUUCUUUGGUACCUAUACAAUGCAAACGACAACGUUUCAUCAUUUGCAAUUCCACGUCAUCAACGAACUCUGCAAAGAUUAAGGUUGUCGGUGUUGGUGGUGGAGGAAACAAUGCUGUUAACCGUAUGAUUGGUAGCGGGUUACAGGGUGUUGACUUCUAUGGUAUAAACACGGAUGCUCAAGCAUUAUUGCAGUCUACAACUGACAACUCAAUACAAAUUGGAGAGCUUCUAACUCGUGGACUUGGUACUGGUGGCAAUCCACUAUUGGGGGAACAGGCAGCAGAGGAGUCGAAGGAAGGCAUUGCAAAUGCUCUUAAAGGUUCAGAUAUGGUGUUUAUAACAGCGGGCAUGGGCGGAGGUACAGGAUCUGGUGCUGCUCCUGUUGUUGCUCAAAUAGCAAAAGAAGCAGGUUAUUUGACUGUUGGUGUAGUCACGUAUCCAUUCAGCUUUGAAGGACGCAAAAGAUCUUUGCAGGCUUUGGAAGCAAUUGAAAAACUUCAGAAAAAUGUUGAUACUCUUAUAGUAAUUCCUAAUGAUCGCCUUUUGGAUAUUGCUGAUGAGCAUACGCCACUUCAAAAUGCUUUUCUUCUUGCUGACGAUGUACUUUGUCAAGGCGUCCAAGGAAUAUCUGAUAUAAUCACUAUACCCGGGCUGGUAAAUGUGGAUUUUGCUGAUGUAAAGGCAAUCAUGAAAGAUUCUGGAACGGCGAUGCUUGGAGUUGGGGUUUCUUCCAGUAGGAACCGUGCUGAAGAAGCAGCUGAACAAGCAACUUUGGCCCCUCUAAUUGGAUCUUCAAUUCAAUCUGCAACUGGGAUUAUAUAUAACAUUACUGGAGGGAAAGAUAUAACUUUGCAGGAGGUCAAUAGGGUGUCCCAGGUUGUCACAAGUUUGGCUGAUCCAUCCGCUAACAUCAUAUUUGGUGCUGUCGUGGAUGAGCGCUAUAAUGGAGAGAUCCAAGUGACUAUAAUUGCAACUGGUUUCACUGAGUCCUUUCAGAAUCCUCUUCUAACCACCCCUCGAGGAGCAAAGCUAGCUGAUAAGGACAAAGGAACCACAGAAAGCAUGGUAUCACCUGAUAAACUGAAGUCAUCAAACUCUCCUACCACGAAACCUCGACCAGAUAUUAGGAAGCUGUUCUUUUAGCUCCUUUUUAGUUUGUCAUCUCUACAUUCUCUUUUACUAUUAGUUACAUAUUUUUUGGGAUUCCUUGCACUUUACUUAUUUGUUCUGCAAGGGGUCGGAGUUGUGUUUGCAUGUGGCUGUAAUCAUAGUUUUAUGAGAUACAUACCAUAAUCUGGUGUGCUUUUCUCUUAUAGCAUGCUUGUACAGCAGGUUUACUGCCUGUAACAUUUUGUAGCAGUUGAUUAUUUCCUUUCUAGCAAGUCUAGGAUUCAUUAUAUUAUAAACUCGAUUGGAGAAGGUGGUUGCUUUUGUAAUUCUCACCUGAACAACCUAAAUAUUAGUAUUUAAGGUUUAA